AUGCGUCGAGGUAACAUGGCAGACGACGACAGCACCUACUUCACCUAUCGACCACUUUCGAAUCUUCCCACACCUCCCCCAACAUGCAAGGAAUCCAAAUCGCCGUGCACAAUUGCUUCCAGCAGCUUAGAAGAUGGAGAGCCUCUCGAGGCGAAAUAUCGAGGACCAGCCAUCCACUUGGUAAACCUCAUUCCCUCGUCAGCUUCGUUGGCCAUGGCUUCUGUGCCCACUGUACAGGCAAUUCUAAGCCGUGCGGACUUGCCUAUCGAGACAGUUGCCCUCGCGGUAUGUAUUCUCGACAGCUUGGACAAGAAGUUUGCCCGGGCGUGGCGGCUCUCCUGUCCUUUGCUGCCCGGAGCAUUGGCCGCCUCGUCGACAAGCAAACGACAUACACUCCCUCCGACUCCGCUAUUGUACCAACACCAGCAGCACCAGAUGCUGCACAUCGACUCCGUGCCACCGGAGCUCAUCAUUCUUGCAGCGCUUGUCAUUGCUGUCAAGUUUAUUGAGGACCCUCAACAGCCAACCCAGUAUUAUUGCGAUGCCUGGGGACAUGGUACAUGGUCACACGACCAGCUCAAUGCUACCGAGCGAUGCAUUAUGGAGAGCCUCAACUAUCGAAUCAUGCCACUGUGCGACGAAGACUGUCUGUCCGAUGCCAUGGUAGACAUGCAGUUGGCCGGAAAGCAACUGGAUUGGGACACCCCCCCGCUCUCACCACCCGAUAGCCUUGCCAGUAGCAGCAGCAACGGCGACCGCAAUUUCGUCCUCGGCCACUGUCGAUCCAAGACCAUGAUGCCUCCAACGACGGCCCUGGGACUUGGCCUGUCUUUGACCCCUUCAGAGACUCCGUGCACCACGUCUCCCGAAGCCGUGACGACGCCACGAAGUGAAGCCCUUGGAACUCCCUACUUUUAG